UCGUCAGCACCACCAAUUCGCGCCCCCACCACCACCAUUACCACUUUAACAGUAGAGCGCACAAACAAACUUUACUAAUUCUUCUUAAAACCCCCAAUUCAGAUAUGCUACACAAUUUCCAUAUUUCAGGAGCCAACCAGAAGAUCCACAUUUCUAACGCCACCCAAGAAAACCGAACAAGCAUUCCGAAAUCUCAAACCCACAACAAUCCAAAACCCUCCAAAAAUAUUUCCAUGGCCCACACUACGCCGCCACCAGUUCCGCCAUUGAAAUGCAGCUCCAUCGCCCAAGAUAAUAAAACACACGCCCACAAACCCAUCUUCGAUCCCCACAGCAUAGACCCAAUUUUGGUCCAGAAAAUGGAGUACGAUGCUUUGGUUUGGAGCUCUCUUCACGGCCUUCUUGUCGGAGACAGGGCUUCACAGAAAUCAGGUAGAGUACCUGGGGUGGGACUGGUUCAUGCGCCUAUCUCGUUAUUGCCGAUGCCGUUUGCUGAGAGUUAUUGGAAACAAGCUUGUGAAGUAGCUCCCAUUUUCAAUGAACUUGUCGACCGCGUGAGCUUGGAUUCGGAAUUCCUUCAAGAAUCUCUCUCCAGAACUAAAAAGGUCGAUACUUUUACAUCUAGACUCCUAGAUAUUCAUGCCAAGAUGUUAGCUAUGAACAAGAAAGAGGAUAUACGAUUAGGACUACAUCGCUCGGAUUAUAUGUUGGAUGAGCAAACUAAUUUACUUCUCCAGAUAGAGCUCAACACAAUUUCUUCUUCGUUUCCUGGGCUUAGCUGCCUCGUAAGCGACCUUCACAGGAAUUUACUUUGUCAAUUCGAACAACACCUUGCUCUCGAUCCAGAAAGGGUUCCGAAGAACAACGCCGUUAGUCAGUUUGCCGAAGGACUUUAUAAAGCCUGGAUCGAAUAUAACGACUCAAGUGCUGUAGUUAUGGUCGUGGUUCAAACCGAAGAACGGAACAUGUACGAUCAACAUUGGCUUUUUACAGUACUGAACGAAAGGUAUCAAGUUAGAAGUAUCAGGAAAACAUUGGCAGAGAUCGAUUCACAGGGGAAGCUUAUGCCAGAUGGAACACUUGUUGUGGAUGGUGAAGCAGUUGCUGUGGUUUACUUUAGAGCUGGCUAUGCACCGACUGAUUAUCCCUCGGAAUCGGAAUGGAGUGCUAGGUUACUGAUCGAGCAGUCGCGUGCAGUCAAAUGCCCUUCGAUUGCAUAUCAUUUAGCUGGAACUAAGAAAAUCCAACAAGAGCUGGCGAAACCCAAUCAACUCGAAAGGUUUCUUGAAAAUAAAGACGACAUUGCUAAAGUACGGAAAUGCUUUGCCGGGCUAUGGAGUUUGGACGACUUAAACAUUGUCAAAGAUGCAAUCGAACGGCCUGGUUUGUAUGUCAUGAAGCCCCAAAGAGAAGGCGGAGGAAACAAUAUAUACGGUGAUGAUGUGAGCAUUGCCUUGCAAAAAAUGCAAAAGGAAGGCACGGAAGAAGACGCAGCGUAUAUUCUCAUGCAGAGAAUCUUUCCAACCGUUUCGCCUGCAAUUUUAAUGCGGGAAGGCGUAUCUCAUAAAGAUCACGUUAUAUCGGAACUCGGGAUAUAUGCCACAUAUCUAAGGAACAAGACAGAGGUGAUAAUGAAUGGGCAGUCUGGUUACUUGAUGCGGACAAAGGUCUCUUCCUCGAACGAGGGCGGAGUUGCAGCUGGCUUUGCUGUUUUAGACAGCAUUUAUUUAGUUUGAUUGACUCUACAAUUUUAUUUCGAUUAAAUUUCGAUUGGUUUUUGCGUUAAUUUAAUCAGAAAGAAAUAAGGGGAAAAUGGUGAUCCUGGUGGAGAAAGGGAGAGACUAUAUAUAUUUGUAUAUCAUUAUUUAUGUAAAUUGUUGCCAACGAUUUCGACUGUGUUUGGAGGUCAAAUUCAAUCUAUUCUGAAUGUUUUAAUGGUUUUGUAUUAAAAGUUGCAUCAUAUGGUUCAUGUCCUACGAAUUCUUGUAUACACUUCCGUUCUCGAGCAAUAACUUGCACACCGAGAAAUGUAAACGAGACUAGUAUAAUUUUGUUUGAUUA